AUGAAUAUCAUUAGUGACUUCAAGGAAGAGCUGAUCAGGAUCAAGCGGAGGCUGAAAUAUGAAGAUGCAAGGAUACGUUCCAAUGUGCAUAGAAAAAGAACUCCAUUACCAGCCAGUCUAUCCGUUUUACCAGCGAAUCGCCUGGCGCUGACAUUGCGAGAGGAGAUCGACUACGCUACCUAUACGAAUAAUAUGCUUUCAGAAGCCGAUAAUAUUGUCUACAGCGAAUUUUACAAUUUUGAGUGCAAAUGCUCUUGCCAUGGUGACAAGAAAUUACGAACCCUCCAUGAACCAGUUUUCCAUUCAGCGGAAUGUGUACAAGAAUGUGGAGAAUCAAACGACGAGUAUCGCCAUUAUCUCAGUGGUAAGAUCCAUACAGUUCAAAAUAGCCCGUAA